GCAGUUCACGCCAUCUCUAGUUCACAUAUUGUUCGUUUUAUUGUUUUUGAAUUGUUAAUCAGAGAGAACUCAAUAAUAAUGAGACCUCUUUAAAGAGAAUUCACAUCUGACACGAUUCCAUGUACAGGCUCAAGCGCAUCCUUCAAAUGGAGCGUGUUUUGAAAGCUGUACCAGCAGACCUAAGAGUAAAAAUGGAGGCACUCGUGCAUGAUUUAACUUUGGCAUUGGAAGAAAGCAGCAAUGGUAUAAAUGUCAGACGCAGGUGGGGUAUCAGAAGGAGAGCUCGUUCCACAGGCAAUAUCCCAUCAUUGAAUAUGAACAAACACUCAGAUGAUAGUUCAUCUUCCAUUUGUGAUAUUCAUAUUCCAAAAAGUAAUGCUGCCGCCUCCAAAUAUCAGUCUGACAGUGAUGACACAAAUCAGACCAAAAGAUUUGCACGUUUUUCAAAUUUAAACAAUGCCAGCAACAUUGAAAGUGAUUCAGUGAAUGAAAAUUUUGUACCUAAAGUAAAUCCAAGACGUAAAAGAAAAUUUAAGAGAAUGGUUAUAGACUCAGAUACUAAUCCAUCAACAUCUCAAACAGUUGCAAUUGUGUCGGCAACACUUGGAGAUAAAAAAAGAAUUGUUCGAAGUGAUUGUAAGAAUAGAUAUGGAACAAUAUGGUGUGGAAAACGUAAAAGAUCGUGCAGGGAACGUUCUACUGAUUGUGAAAUGAGAUCGUUAAAACCAAACAGAACAGCAAAAUCAAAAAAUCGUGUUAAAAUGCAGACUGAAGAUGCUAUUGAAUGUUCAAGAAUAUCAAGUUCAAGUAUCUCAUCCAGUGAUUCAGAAACAGGUCUGAUUACAAAUGAUGAAGAUCGGGAAGGGGAUGAUGAACAGUCAGACUGGAUUGGUGAAACAAGUUGGUGGUGGGAUGAUGGUGAAACUGCUAAUGAAGAUAAACUUGCAACAGAUCCAGCAAGAAAAAGUUAUAGGCAAAGAAUUCAAAGAAUUCGGGAGGGUCUUAGCGGAAGAGAAAUUCGCGCAGGUCGUCGGCAUGUUGACAAUAAGCCUGGAUAUUCGAUUAUCACAUCGGCUAAUGAAAAAGUGUCCAGAUUUUUGCAAGAUCCUACUCAAAGUGAACUUAAGUUGCAUCCUAUGCGUCAGCCUGAGCGAGAAAAACUUCGUGGACUGGCAAACUUAUACAGUUUAAGUUUGAAAGGAGAUUUAGGUUGCCCAAUUUUGUAUAAAACCCGACACACUACGCAAGCGAUUUGUGUAGAUCAAGUACCAUUAAAAAGAUUUUCAGAUUACAAGAGAUUAAGAAGAACACCGCCAAAUACACCGAACCAAGAACCGGCAUUGCAUAACCAGGAAUACCAAGUAUCUAGCACAAGUUUUGGUUCGCAAAUAAUCACACCUACAUCAAAUUCAGAUUCAAUGCAAGUUCUACCAAAAUUGUCUCACGUGGAAUGGGAUUCAAAUAGUAUGGAUAUAGAAAUUCAUGGGAAACAAAAAUUUCAUGAUUUUGGUCACUCAAAAUCGAGUUAA